CAGGAUUACAAUUGACCGGAAAUCAUAAGGGGGGAAAUUAUUCAAUUUGAAUUGAGGCGUGGAUGUUCCAAACAUCCCUUAAUUUUGUUAAUCACACAUGUCUUAUAUUAAUUUGAUAGUAUUUCCCUUACCUUGGAAUAGAUUAGUGGUUUAUUAAAAGACAUGCAUAUAUUCUUAGGUAUAUUAAAUACCCCGAUUUAAGCGAAGCGGCAUCCCAAACAGAGAAGGACGAAUAAAAAGAAACAGAUGUGCCAUACUGGAGAUUUCAUGGACACAUCCGCGUCGUCCCUUUGGCAAGAAUUCAGAAGCAGUUUCCGACUACCAUUUUUCCAGGAUUUUUUUUUCUUUUCCCAGGAUAGUCAUCCGGACUGGGGUCUCCUGAGGGUCUCCCAUCCAAAUUGACCGAGUUCCUGCUACGAUUCUCACAACCGGCUUUCCCCGUUGAGAUCACAAUGCUAAGCUGGGAAGCUAGAAAAUACCGUAUAAAAAACGAUUGGUUGUUGCCCGUCACGUGAUACGGAUAAGCCAGUCCGCGCUUCGGAUGUUUCAUUUUCAAAAUUUUUUUUUUUUAAAAAAAAUCGCGUUUCAAGGUGCGGCGCACGCCUUUGAAUGAGCCUAAUUGCAAUAGUACUAUUUUCAAUCUUGGUGUGGCACUUGACACUUAAACAAGUUGCUGUUGCUUCAGUGGUUUCCAUGCUGCAUCUGUAAUAAUUGCAAAUACCUAUGUGACAUUGAUGUUCACAAGAUAGCCACUACUGUUUUUCAAAAAGAAAAUCGGUGACUUCUGCAGCGUCAUCUGGCUGCUGUUAGAAUCUGAACUGAGAAAUCUCAAAUCUUUGCUCUGCUGGCAGGUUUCAUGAUCAAUUAAAGAGGCUACCAUGACUUUGGACAAAUUGGUUAUCAAAUGUGGAAACUUUGCAGUCUUGGUAGAUUUCCAUAUUGCCUCGCAGGAUCGUAUGUGGUUUUCUGAUCAUCAGAGAGAGGAAGUUUGUCUUCUGCUGAAAGAUGCAGUUGAGUCAAGAAUAAAACAGUACUUGAAAACACGUAAAUUGCAUGGCCGGUGCAAGCAAACAGAACAUGGAGAAGCCAAUUCUUUAUCUUUAAGAGCGGACGAGUUUCACAUUUCAGCUUACUUUGUCAAAAGAUGGGCUAAUCUGCGAUGUAUUGGACAACCGCACAGUGAAUUACGUGUAUUUCCGGAUCGUUUUGUGAUUUAUGUCUCAAGAUUUGAAUCCAAUCCAUCUUCUUGGGUCAGUGAAAGUGUGGCAUUGGAGGAGAAUCUAUUCACCAAGGUGUCUGAAUAUUUUCAAGGUUCAACUGAAGCUAGAAAAUGCCAGAUUUCCCUGACUCAACAGGAAAAACAAGACACUCUAAAGAAGUUAAGGAAGAGGGCAACACAUACUAAUGAGAAGAAACCUCAGCCCAGGAUGGCCACCACGAAAGUAUAUCUUGGCUCACUGGGCUCAGACACCGAGUAAGAAGAAUGCAUUUUCAACCGGUUUGACGCUCAGCCUGAACUGAAAAUGUAGGCGUAAAAGCACAACCAAAAGAUUGCAUAAAUACAGCUGAGAGCAGCUUGGGACUUCCUGUUUCAGAAUGGGCAAUGAUACGAACUGGAGACAGCCAAGCAACGCUCACAGCCAGCAAAAACUUCAUUUGUGGAGUGGUUAGACAUGACUUCUCUGCAGGAACCCUCAGUGGUGCUGUGAGUCAGCACUGCCACAUCCAAACCGAAGUCAAAGGGUGACUGAAAGAACUGAAAUAGUGCGCUGAGCAUGCAGGAGCAGGAGGAAGAAAGAUGUCUCCAAGGCCAGGAUCACCCGGUUCCCAGGUUCGGAGCCCUCUUCUGGAAAAGUCCCCCACCGAAUCCCACAUCGUUUUCCGAAUGAGGCUUGGCAGGAUUCACGUCUGAUGGAGAAUUGCUGACUUAAAGAAAAGCCUUCCCCUGAGACUGGUUUUAUAAGAAGCGCUACAAUGUUGUGCGGAGACACCCAAUCCAACCACAGUCACCAAAUAGUCCUUAAUAUUUCCUGAAAUAUGCCAAGCCAGGAGAGAAAGGGUUUGAGAGAGAGAGAGAGAGAGAUCCAAAAACAGGGUGAAAGGAAAAAAAAGGUAAAACCUAAAAGAUAAGUCACAGAAAAUCUGUGCCUUCCUCUGGCGCUACUUUAUCCCUUUUAUGUGUGUCAUAUCUAAUGAACUUUGCUCAAGAUUUGAAAGCAAUUCCUGAACCAAUUAACCGAGUCUGAGAUUUUUAGGGACACUGGAACAAAUAGGAUUCAGGUUGCAUGAUGCUCUAGGACAGUAGUUCUCAACCUUUCUAAUGCCGCGACCCCAUAAUACAGUUCCCCAUGUUGUGGUGACCCCCCAACCACUUAUACAUCACUGGGUGCCAGGGGCAUGGCCAAAGAAAAGGGGGAGAAAAUGGCGGACAGCCUUGUUUGGCGACCCCCGUGAAAUGGUCGUUCGACCCCAAAUGGGGUCCCGACCCACAGGUUGAGAACCACUGAUCUAGGAUAGCUCCAUAGCACAUACAUCCCUUGGAAUUAUCUUGAGUUCUCUUUCCCUGGCAUGUAAUUGACUGACUUGAAGUUUCUCCAUCACAACAGAUCAGAAAUCUCUUUUAUGGUCCUUUGUCUGCUUAGCUCUUCAUAGUCCUGCUUUUAUUUAAUAGUAUAAUGGGAAGUAAACAGUUUCCUUCUGUGAAAUUGUGCUUUUGCACAUUUUUUUUUGGUCUGUGUCUUGUCUGAUAAAUCACUUUUCAUAUUCAAAACUUAUUUUGAAGAAAUGGUGUAUGGCUUAAGUGAAUAGAUUUUCACAAGGCACAGAUUGGAAGGAGAGACUGAGACAAAGAUUAAAGAAUCAAACCAUUUGUGCCUCAAAUCCACAUAAACAGCCUUUUUCUAACUAUAGUCCAUUUGAGGUUAUCACCUUUGCUGUUCCAUUGACUCAUUUUUCCUGUUGCAAUAAAUGUUGAUGAGGAAAUUAAACUGCAUCAGGAUUGCUUUAAGCAGGUUUAGCACCUUAACUGCCACAGAACUAAUUGUCUAGGACAAUUGAUCCUAGCUUUCUUUGUUACUCAUGCACAUUUCUUUUUACUUUUUCUUAAAGAAGUGUAGGAGAACAUUAUCUCCUGAUAUAAUCUCACAAUGGCCCUGUCCAGUAGGCCUGAAAGAAAGAAAACAAAUGCCCCAAGUUAAAUGAAUUUUAGGGGUAGUGGAAUUUUAGAUCUAGAAAUUCACUGUCCUCUUUGGUACUGCAAACAUAACACAUUCUAUGACUGUGAAAAGAUACUUUUAAAAAGUCACAUAAUUGUUUCAACACAAUAAUUUAAUGCUUUUUAAAAUCUCGUGUAUAAACUGUUGCAAAUCCAAUCCUAUGACAUUGAAGAUUUUGUUUAAUCUGCAUUUGAAUUAAAACAAUACGAAUACUAUUUAAAUAAAUAAACUUCUCUAUAGGUCCUUCCCACCCAUUUUAAAAUUCCUUUUGUCCCAUUAAGAGAUUCUCUGCAGUUGUCAAGAUUCAUUGACUGGUUUUAUUUUAUGUGCCUUAGCAUGUUUGAGCAAGCAAAACUUGCUUGCUUCAGCAUUCGUUUCUUAAAUAGUUUAAACCCUUUCCAUUUUUACCAGGAAGAGUGAACAGUAUUUACAAAAAAAACUUCCUUAUAUAAGGAAAAUAUCUGAUCUCUCUUUAGUUGAAUGUACUUUCUGGCAGAUGUUUCGCCUUCAUUGAUCAGAAUGAAAGACAUGUAUUAUAAAGUUUUAAAAAGCAAUAAAUCAGUAAAAUAAGUGAUUGGUUUAAAAUAUAUUGGAACAUGUUGAUAAGCUGUUCUGAAUGCCAAAUAGGCUAAAACAGUUAGAAAUUCAGAAACAUAGCACUCAGCUUCUUAUUCUUAGCUGUCAGAAAGGUUCAGCAAUUCUACAAAUUUGGCAUACAAAUGAACUACAGUAGUGGCCAAAAUUGUGGAAACCUUUUGGGGAAAGUGUAUUUUUGAGGUUUGAUGGCU